AUGAGGCUUGGAAGGGCAAGGGAGUUAAUAGGGGAGAAGUCGGGGAGUCCUCGUGGUUCAAAUAGACUUCCGGAGCAAAAUCAGUCCAGUGGACGCUCACCAUUUGCCGUCCCUCCACAUUCGCCGUUUGCCCAACGACGCGCUGCCUCCCCUCAGCAUCUAAGUCCUACCUAUACUAGAAAAUUCAGUACACCUCGAUUAUGCCGCGGAUUUUCGGAUCCAGGUGUCCGCCGCCGACCAGCGGCGCCUAUGUUUAUGUUCGGUUCGCUAAGCCCAGAUCGACAUGAUACUGGCUCGGAUCUGUUAACCCUACCACCGAUUCCAGAAGGAGCCUCGUCGUCAUCUGAUUACAAGGACGAAUGCGAAUAA